AUGGAAAUGACACGCCGCCCCUCUGAAGAGGCCCUUGGACUGCUCGAGUUGGUCUCUCUUAUCAGCAAUUUUCUGGACCCUCCAGAUCUCUUCUCCUGCGUACAAGUCUCUCGUCUCUGGAACAAGGCUACGGUGCCAUCCCUCUGGCACACAAUCAACGACAACGAGUACCAAUGGCCCAAGAUCCUCAAGGCCCAUGAUUACCCGCGCAUCAACAACGGCAAGGACAGGAACUGGAUCAGGGCGACUUUUACAAAAUACGGAGCCUGGAUUCGUGUCCUGAGCAUCCACUGGAGGGUCACCCUCGAUGUCGCCCAUUUUUGUGGGUCCUGCACACGCAUCCACACACUCAUCUUGUCGAACCCUUUCAAGAACAAGACACUUUUGGAGGAGCAGGAGUUUCGAGCAAUCAGAUGGAGAGAACCACGGGUGGCACCAGGAACAGGCAUCAUAGGCUUGGCCGUGCGUAUCGCAGUUGAUCGAAUAUCUCUUUCCAGUGGUGGCCCGAUUGCAUCAGAAACACCAGGCGAAAGAGAAGCAUCACUGCAGCAGCGGGAGUGGGCGAUGACCAACCUUUUCCUUCGCCUCAUCCAAAAAAACCAUGGUCUCUCUGGCGUACGACUGAGCUCCACCUUACAAGAAUUGCAGACGGUCGACUUCCCAUCAUCAAUCUACGAUACACUUGCAUCCAAGAGGCGCUUUCAUGUUCUGGAGAACUACGCCGACUGCAACGAUCUCGGAGCGCUGCUGGAAACGUUACCGCACAUUCGAUACUACAGCUCGUCAAGUUGGACUGUCAGCUCCAGCCCAUUUCAAACAGCGCUGCCAUCCCUCCAAGCGCUUCGUCUUCAGGACUGUAUCGACACUUUGCUCUUUGCCAGCAUUCUGCAACACCUCCCGAAUCUGCGCUCGCUUUGGACAGGAGGAUUUCGAGUCGCAACACCGUACUGCAAGGAAAACUUUAUUCACGAAGUAAAGAAUAACAUCAAACCAACCACGCUUCAGCUCCUGUACCUUGGACGAACAACACCUUUGGAAGACGAGAUGCUGAGGGCGACCAUUCCGUGCCUACCGGACCUGCGCGACUUGACUUCUGGGAACCUUGACGAGACUACUAUUCUCACCCUCGUAGAGUGUUGUCGACAACUCGAAACGGUGACCCUCUCUGUCGAUCAGGAUUCCGCAAAGCCCGUGCCAGAGAACGCAUUGAGCUACUUUUUGGAGGGCUGUCCAAAGUUGCGCGUUUUGGAUGCCUCCCGAUACACUGUUGACGCUACGCAGUUGAAGGAGGGACGGGUAUGGGUAUGUCGAGAUUUGGAGGUGUUGAAGUGUCAGAUCAUUGGCAUUGAGCAUCUGCUGCAGACCGACGACGAGAUCCACGGCACCAUAUCAACAACUCCGGGCGACAUGAGCCGGUUUUUGACGGGACAACAGUCGGCGUUUCAUGUGCAGCAGCAGAGUCAAAACUGGCAUCAUCAAGUGUACAGUCGUCUCGCCAGCUUGACAAAGUUGACGACGUUGGUUUUGUGGUUGGACCCUGUCCUUGAAGGGGCUGGCAGCCUUGAAUUUACUUUGGAGACAGGAAUGGUCGAAAUUAGGAUCAACAUCCGUCGUUACCUUCGGACUCGUGAUCUCAAGCAAUGCAUUCUCGUCUGUCGGGACUGGUGGCGCACCUUCGAACCGCUCAUCUGCAACGAAACCUCCGUACGUCUUCGCAGACACGAAUCCGUCUUUGGACCUCAAGGUCAACCCGACGAAUGGGACCAGCUCAACCAGGACCAGGACCUCUCUUCAACUCCGCGACAGCCCUCUGCAUAUAGCAUUGUCCGACACCGUCAUCAAGUCUACAGCCUUGGGAGCUUCCGUCUUGAACUAGCCUAUAUCCCAUUCGGCAACCUCAGGAGCAUCGUCCUGGGAUCAGGAGACCUUAAUACCAACGAUCUGACACCGUGGAUCCAUUUCCUCCGAGGUUGCAAGGACUCGUUACAGGAACUGGAGCUUGUAGGUUUCCGAACCUUGCCGGAGGCUCAUUUCUGGGAGAUGCUCAUGCUCCUACCACGGCUCAGAGAACUGCAGAUCCAUCAUGGGGGUAUUGUCGAGUACGACCAGGCCAGGGUAUUCUGGAAGGUGUGCUCCCGACUGGAAUCUCUCAAGCUGCGACAAACAUAUUUCACCCAUCUCACGGGAACUAGCUACCCGUACCCUGAUCUCAGCAACAUGAAGGAGCUUUUUCUGUCCAACAUUGGCAUGGAGUUUGAGCGGCAGGCGCGGAUUGUGGCACAAUGUGGACAACUGCGACGGCUCUGGUGGAAGACGCCACAAAUAUCUGAGGCGAGGGACGAUGUGAUACCGCACAUUGAGGAUGCCAUUCUGUCGAGGCGACUUUCCAGAUUGGAAGGAAUGAGAAUCGAGACGUCGACUGUCUCUGCUGCUUCUCAUGUCCUGUCCGAAUCUACGGACCGUCACUGCCCCGCUGCUGAAGGUCUCGGAGAUAAUAGAGUUGACUCCUCAAGGAUGGGCCUGUAG